AUGACCCUCGUUGACAGCGAGGCUGCUUUUGCAGCUAGGUGUAAGGAGAUAUGUGGCGACGAUUCCCUUCACACAUUGCUGCAAGCCUCGGGGGUGCGAACUCACUCAGCCUUGGCCUUCAGUUGUGGAACUCCGAAGGCCCAACCCACGGAAGCAGAAUUUAAGGCCUUUGCUGAUUCCGUUGUCGGGAGCCCAGCGUCCAUAGGCCGCGUGAGCCAGCUCAAAAGACUCCAUUUCGAAUCCUCAACUUUGGUCAUUGCCCAGUUGCGCGCACUCGUAGAAGGGGAUUCAACAGAAUCUGGAAAGAGACUUCCGGCAGCGGAGAAAUCCGCCCGACUUGCGGAUGCCAAGAAGCGUUUGAAAGGCCUUGUCAUCGAGGAUGAGAUGGAGCCAAGUCAUGCCCUCAUUGACGCAGUUUCCCACAUGGGCGAGUCGAAUGCGGUGGUUUGGAUCCCACCGUCGAAGUGCACUAAGAGGGAUGCCGAACUCAAGCUAGGGCUUCGCGACAAGCAAAAGUACUUGACUGUUCAGGAGCAAUCAGUCACCUUGGCCCCGGCUCCAGAUAAGAUCGUCGCUGAGCAUGGGACUCCCUUGGAGGUCCAAUGGUGUCUCCAGCGUCGAGGCUUGGCUUUCUUCAUGUGCGGCUUCAUGGAGUGGGAGACUCACGAGAAGUGGGUCGCGUCUCUGCUGAGAUGUUUGUCCUCGGAUGUUCCUCCGGGAUACGCACCCAUUUCGAUGCAGCAAAUUUUGCGUGCAGAUUCCGAAAUCUUCUUGCUUUUAGCCCGUGAGGUCAAGCGUGUCAAACCUGACAGCAGUGGUGUGAUGGAGAUGGAUGUUCUCAUGAAUCGGUUCCGUCAUGACCCUCGGAUCACCACCUAUCUCCAGCCUCUUCAGCGUGGAUCAGCCUCUCAGGGAGUCGCUUCGCCGAGUCUCGCAGGUGAGGUCGGAUCAUCCUUUCCUGAUCUGAGGCCCAGCAAACGCCAAAAGAAGAGAGAUGCUAAGCUCAAGGCCCCUAUCAAAACUGCAAAUCUGCCUGAGGAGUUGAAGUCAUGCCCGUACCAUGCUGAUUCUUCAGGCCACCGGUUCUGUUGGCAGUUCAAUCUCGGUAAGUGCAAUGCCGAGUGCAAGGGCAGUCCGCCUGCUUGCAGCCGUGGUGUUCACGGUUGCAUGACGUGCAGGCGCUUAGGCCAUGGGCAUUCUGCUUGCUGGUUUGCCCACGCAGGCAAAGGCAAAUUGCAGCACCCUCCGGGGCUCGUGCUGCCGUGUCAGCCGAUGCAACGACUCCGAAACCCGUGGCCCGUGCCGCCACAGUGUGGUGCCACCCUGGCACACAUCCCGGCAAAAGCUCAGCUGCUCCGGCACGUGCCAAUAGUGCAAGCUGGGGGUAAAGAACUGGUGAAAGUUGAUUCUUGGGAGAUGGCUUGGGGGUUACCCUGGGAGCCUGAGGAGUUCAUGCAGAAGGCGUCCGAAUCAUGUCACCCAAGGUCGAUGGGCUCGGUGCUCCCGGCCCCCUUGAAUGAUACUCUUGAAUCCUUGGAUAAGUUGGGAGACGCCGAAGUUUCCGCUUUGAGGGCUAGGGUAAUCAAGGAGUGGUUGCACUUGGCGACUUCGUUGUCCUCCAAUGAGGCGGAGCUGAAGGCCAGCAUGCACCCCGAUGUCCGUGAGAUUACAGCAUCCAAACGCAUCCUCUUGUGGGAAGCUUUGCUUAAGAAAUACGAUUACCCAGACCAGUGUGUGUCGAGCCUUCUCAAGGAAGGCGUCCCGUUGGUGGGGCAUGACCCCGCCUUAGCAGCAGAAGUUUGCUCCAAGACCGAUAAGGAGCGCGAAGCAGGUUGGAUCGUUGGUCCCUUGUGCGAGUCCAGCUUGUGUGAUGGGAUCUUGGUUAGCCGUCGGUUCGGAAUCCAGCAAGGCCAGAAGGUAAGGUGCAUCGACAAUUUGACUUCUUCGGGGGUGAACCUUGCGGUGCAGGCCUAUGAGGCUCCGCAGCCUCAGUCUACAGACGUGGUUGCAUCCACCUGUCUUCGACUGCUGAAAUCCAUCAAAAAGAGAGCAGGCAAGGUCUUGUUCAAAAUCUUGGGCAAGGCGUUUGAUCUCACUGCAGCUUACCGGCAGAUGCCAGUCCACCCAGACACAGCCUGGGCAGCGUACGUUUGCUUCGUGCAUCCAGACACGAACGAGCGAGUGUACUUUCGGAUGAAGGCCAUGCCAUUUGGAUCGGCAAUGGCAGUCUACGCUUUCCUUAGGAUUAGUCAUUCCUUGUGGUUUCUCGGUGCAAAGGCAUUGCUUUUGCCUUGGUCGUCGUUUUUCGAUGACUUUGUCACUUUUGCGACGACGGGGUGCUCUGCGUCGGCAGAGGCGGCAGUAACGUCAAUGUUCAAACUCCUAGGUUGGGCGUUCGCCGAGUCCGGCGAAAAGGCAAAUGACUUUUCCGAGUGCUUCCAGGCGCUUGGAAUCAUGGUGGACCUUCGUGCAUGCCUUGAUGGCACCAUAAGCUUCAAGAACACUGCAAAGCGGGUCUCCGAGAUCAGGGCGUUCGUGGGCAAGGUGCUUGAGUCAGGUAGGUUGCCACAUCACGAGGCUCUAAGGCUCAGGGGUAGGUGCCAGUUCGCCGAUUCGCAAAUCUCCGGUCGUACUGGGAAGAAGUGCUUGGGCCUGAUCACUGCUCAUGCUUACGGCUUUGACGAUGUAAUCAGUCGCGAACUCAGGGCAUCGCUCGAGAAGUUCCUGCUCAGGCUCGAGGUCGGGGCCCCGCGCUUGAUCAAGAUCCUUGAGGGCGGAUCAUGGCAUGUGUACACAGAUGCUUCGUAUGAGCCAGGGGCAGGGCAUAGUUUCUGCGGCCUAGGAGGGGUGCUGGUUGAUCCUACUGGUGUUCCACGAAAAUUCUUUUCACUUGUUUUGAGCGAUGCACAGAAAAACUUUCUUGGCGAGCAGAAUUCUGCACAGAUCAUCUUCCAGGCUGAAAUGCUAGCAAUGGCAGUGGCACUGGACGUAUGGUUGCAGGACUUGAUGGGGCACACGGCAAUCUUCUUUGUGGACAAUAACGGUGUGCGUGACGCAGCUAUCUCUGCGAAUGCCAGAGCUUCAGUCGCGAGACGGUUGUUGGAGGCGUUUCUGCAGAAGGUGACCCUUGUGAGUCACUUGCGUCAAAAAUUCUUGAGCAUGGCAAUUGCUCAUCUGAGACGUGCCUUCACGACUGGAGCAUAUUACCACUGUGGCACUGUAGGUGUCAGGCAUAAUGCGCGAGCUUACCCACUGGCCUCGCACCGUGACCUCAGGAAUCUUCCUGGAUCCUUGAAUGGCGUUGACUUGCUGGUUUCAGCAGGGCCCGUCACAUUUGAUGCGACGGUUGAGCACGAAACUUUAGACUGGACCAACGGUGUUACCGAGGCACCUGCCUCGGUUCCAGCACUCAGCCAUACGACCACAGCUGCCGACGAACUUGCGGUGCUCCUGGAGGUGAUUUCCGAGCACGCCGGUGCUACGUCAUUGGUGCAGUUCACUGUCCCGUGCUUGAGUACUUUCUUCACGUCAAAGACUGGAUCAUGGAGUUUCGCCGAGUUGCUGGUGGAUGCUGUCUUCCAGCUUUGCUCGCAUUGCAGGGCUGUGGGAGUUCCUUUUGCGAUUCUGCACCCUGCUACGUCGCGCUUCUGGCACAUGCCGUCUUGCCAACACUUCUUCCAAGCUGCCGACGGUGAAUGGACUACAUUUGACCAAUGCAUGCAUGGAGGGGCCCAGGAUCGCCGCGCUUUCUGGUGGGCCUCAACUGCUUGGUUGCGCCCUUUACAGGCAACAUGCUCCAAGGACCACAAGCAUUAUAGUCAAGCUGCUUCGGCCCCGCAGUGGCCUCAUUUGCUUUGGGAUCGUGCUGUAGAGCUACUGUGCCAGCACUCAGGUUUCACGCCAAAUACAUCAUCUUUGUUUGGUCCUCCGGGUCGUGACCUACGGCCUGCUAUGGGCAAGCAAUCUCGUAAAGCCCGGCCAUUGGUCAGCGAAUUCUGCAAAUAUGAUGCUUGGGCCGUGCCUCUUCGUGCCGAGCAACCUGUGCUCCAGCUCCUGAGAUGCUACCCUAAAGGAGCCCGCGCAGUAAGACGCAAACUUGUUGAUCCGGGGUUGGUUCGGGUUUGCGUUUUACCUUCUGUUGACUUGUGCAAGGUCGAUGAUGUCUUGUCGAGCCCCUGGACAUGGGCCACUAAGCAUUGCAAGCACGAUGCGCACACACCAACCAAGGAUUUCUCCGAUGUCUGCGGCUUAUUGCCUCCGACAGAGCAUUCUCCAGUGCUUGAAGUUGUAUGGAUUGGCAUUCCCCGUGAACCGGAUGACUUUUUACGUCGAGCUGUGGCAGCCGGUCACCCAAAAUCCCUCCUAGAUGUCGAAGCCGAUCCGCACAUGACCUUGCUGAUAGACAACCUUCUGAACAGUAAUGUCAAACAGCCAGACAAAGGUUUGCAUGAAGUUCGGCGAUGGACCGAGCUACGGUCGAACCUCUCCGAAUCCCAGGAGGUGUGCAAAAAGGAGUGGCCCAUUCAUGUGGCGCAGGUUCUGGAUGAAAAGCCAACUCUGUUGAUGGACGAAUUGCUCACCCAGCACGACUUUCCAGAUCGCCACCUUGUGAAGCACAUGACGCAGGGGUUUAGGCUUACGGGCUGGGUUUGUAGAUCGGGUCUUUUUCCCUUUGACCCUAAGCCUCCCGCCUCCACCUUACAAAGUCAGCUCUCUAUGGCCAAGUCCAGAAACACCGCCACCUUGACGAAGCUCUCCAAGCAGGCUCCUGAUGAGGUGUCUCGUCGUGCCUGGGCUGAAACGCUUGAAGAAGUUGACAAAGGUUGGAUUGAGGAAGACGAAAACCCAGAUCUUUCUACGGUCCUCGUUGCCAAGCGGUUUGGGCUUUUACAAGGUCCAAAGGUCAGGGUCAUAGACGACUGUCGUGCUUGUGCUUACAACUUGUUAGCAGGCAUCCCUGAGAAAUACAGAUUACAGAGCGUCGAAUACAUCGCUGCCUUCCUCUUGCGAGCCAUGCUUGACCCUCGCAGCAAAGGCGUUAGCAUCUCAGGGAAGACACUUGAUUUGACUGCGGCGUACAAACAGUACGCCACACAUCCCUUCGAUCGUGACCUUUUACGGAUUGGCGUCAAAGACACUUCAAGCGGACACGUUCGCACUUUCAAAGUGAAUUCCUUGCCUUUCGGAGCUACGGGUAGUGUGUCAAGCUUUCUCCGAUGUGCAGCUGCGAUCUGGUUCUUGGGAUCCCAUGCAUUGGGAAUCCCAUGGACCAACUACUUUGACGAUUUCCCGAUCUUCUCCAAAGAUUCCGACUGCGGCCUAGUGGAAGAAGUAGCCACCAGUUUUCUUGACCUUUUGCACGUGUACUUUGCACGUGCUGGCAAGAAAGCCACUGUGUUUACAAAGGCUUUCAAAGCGCUCGGCCUUAUCAUCGAUUUGAGCCAUUUCGGCGAAGGAUAUGUGACCAUCGGUCAUACUCAAGAACGUGGGGAUGAGCUGCGUGCGACAAUCACCCGCAUUCUUGAGUCCAACCGCCUUUCGCACGCUGAAGCCGAAAGCUUGCGAGGCAGGCUCCACUGGUACACUUCCUUUCUUUUUGGACGCAGAUCUUCUCAAGCUUUGAACGUCCUGAGCGACUGGGUAAAUCGAAGUGCAUCAAAAGGCGCGCUGCCUACGGAACUCCGAGAGUCCCUCACGUUCCUCAGGGACGUAGCUCUCCAUUCUGAGCCGCUAAAAAUUUCGAGGAGUUUGCAGCGAACUUUCUUGAUUUUUACUGACGGCAGCCUGGAGGGAAACUUUGCUUGUGUGGGAGGUAUUCUACACGAUAGCCAAGGCGUGCCCCUAGCCUUUUUCUCGGUCAAGCUGAACCAAGCCUCUACUGAGAGACUCCACAAUCACUCUUCGCAUCCCAUAUAUGAGAUUGAGCUGCUAGCAGUGUGGACAGCACUCACCCUUUGGGAGAGGCAUAUCCAUGACAGCUACUCUGUCUUUUACUUAGACAACGAAGCAGCUCGUGGAGCUUUGACGUCAGCCAGAUCUUCUACUUUGACAGGUAUGAAAAUCGUCGAGUCUUUUCUGAGGCUGGAAGAUCGGUCGUUAUGCAGGCCGUGGUUUGGUCGUGUGCCAACCCACUCAAAUUGCGCAGACGAUCCGAGUCGUGACUCCUUCCAGCAUCUCAUAAGGCAAGGGGUCCGCAGAGACUCUCUGCUUUGCGAUUGGCCCUUUUGA